AUGUCUGACGAUGAUUUCAUGCUCGAGGACGACGAUGAGGAUUAUAACUUUGAUUAUGAAGACGAUGAGCAAGAAGAACCUGAUGUUGAUCUUGAAAAUAAAUAUUAUAAUGCAAAAGGUUUGACAGAAGAAUUAUUUAGGGGAUCUUUACAAAGAAAAACAAAUUUUUGUACGCCUAGAUCAGUUUAUGUGGGAAUAAAAGCUAUAAAUUAUAUGCUUGCUUAUUUAUUUUUUCCAGCUCGAAAAGAGGAUGAUCCUACCGGGGCAAUUAAAGAAUUUCAAAGUGUGGUAGAUACUGAACAAGAAAAAGCUGGAGAUUAUGAAUCGACGCUCAAUUACUAUAAACAACUCCUUUCCUACACAAAAUCGGCCGUAACAAGAAAUUAUAGCGAAAAGAGUAUUAAUAACAUAUUAGAUUUCAUUUCCUCAUCUCAAGACAUGACCUUUAUGGAAGAAUUCUAUUCCACAACUCUGAACGCAUUAGAAGAAGCAAAAAAUGAAAGGUUGUGGGUUAAGACUAAUUUAAAAUUGGCAAAACUCUGGCUUGAUCGAAAAGAAUAUACCAGAUUGAAUAAGAUAUUGCGUCAACUCCAUACAUCUUGUCAAAAAGAUGAUGGAACUGAUGAUCAACGCAAAGGAACUCAUUUAUUAGAAAUAUUUGCAUUGGAGAUUCAAAUGUACACGGAGACUAAGAAUAAUAAGAAAUUAAAGGCGUUAUAUCAACAAUGCCUUCAUGUAAAAUCAGCUAUUCCACAUCCACGCAUAAUGGGUGUUAUUCGAGAAUGUGGUGGUAAAAUGCACAUGGGAGAAAAGGAAUGGGAUAAAGCCCAAACAGAUUUCUUCGAAUCUUUCAAGAAUUAUGAUGAAGCUGGUAGUCCUCAGCGUAUACAAGUGUUGAAAUAUCUUGUCCUUGCUAACAUGUUGACCGAAUCACAAAUUAAUCCUUUUGAUUCUCAAGAAACAAAACCAUAUAAAAAUGAUCCUCAAAUUGUUGCUAUGACUAAUCUGGUUGGUGCAUAUCAACGCAAAGAAAUUAGAGAAUUCGAAAAAAUUUUGAGAGAUAACCGAGCAACAAUAAUGGAUGAUCUCUUCAUUCGAACAUAUAUCGAUGAUGUUCUUAAGAAUAUCCGAACACAAGUUCUUUUGCAUGUUGAAGAUCUUCUCGUAGGUCUUGUUUUGGACCAAAAAAUUAAAGGUCGCAUUGAUCAAGUGAAUCAACGACUGGAGUUAUAUAGACAGUCCUCGGACACUGAACGAUACAAUGCGAUUGACAAAUGGUCAAAUAAUGUUUCUACUUUGUACAAAACAUGCAUCAACAGGGUUUCAUAA